UUCAAGGAAAGUAUUUGCUUAGUUUUGAUGCUGUCAAUGGCCAUCGGCACAUUGGUUAGUUUCAAGAAGUACUCGAUGAACUUGGUGUCCAUUAGUCAAGCAAAUUUAUCCGGAGUUGUUGAUAUCAGCAAUGUGCGUUUAAUUGGACGUGAACAUUUGGCAAACGGAACCAUAACGCUAAAGGAGGACCUGUAUGACGAGCACUGGAGCUUUUCUGGCCAACUAUUUUCCGAUACGUUGGGCGAUGGCAACUACAAACUGCUGCCCUUCCAAGUUCCUUACGGAUCAAUUUGCCAGAUUUACAAAAAAUAUCGAAAGUAUUUUUCUCACCAUGCCGAUUAUGGAACCCAAACCGAUUUUCCCAUCCACAUGGAUGUCUGUCCCGUACCAAAUGGUACUUACUAUAUGAAAAACAUUGGCCUCAACCCGGAAAACUAUCCAAAUCUGAUGCAACGUGGCUACUUCCAGGCCAACGGAACUUUCUACUACGACGGACAGAAUGUGGGAGUGUACACCAUUAAUGUACUUCUGCUGGACGAGGACUGAAGGGCUUUUUCCUCAUAAAAAAACAAAAAUAUAAGCCUUAAGAUCUUUUAAGCUAAGAAAAUGUGGCUGUAAUUAGAAAAUGGAAUUAGAUUUUUGUCUAAGAAAAUAAAAGAUAAAGUUUAAAUCAAA